AUGGUUACCGCUGUCCGUUAUAUGGAUAAUACACAUCUAAGGUCAGGCAGAUACGAUGUGGGUUACUAUAGACGUAGUAACCUACAAUUACAUGAGAUAACGAUCUAUAACAACGGACUACAAAGGAUAGCGGCUGCUAGAAAUGCAAUCAACUCGACAAAAAGCGGUCGACAAAAAAUGAGAGAAAGAAAUCUCGCGGCGGCCUCUCUGCCACGGGAGCUCGGGGUGAAUGCCUCUUUAGUCUUGACAUUCAGCGCCCUCGCCUUUAUCAACGUUUCGGAACAUUACGUAUGUUUUUGGGCGAUAAAGGCUGAUAACAGAUCGAGGGUCCACCAUGUCCAAAUAUAUCCCCGGGGCUAUCUCACCUAG